CAUUAUGUUAUUUUUGUCGUUAUCCAGCAUUGCUAUAAAUAUAGAUCUGGCAACUGAGGAGCAGAGCUUUUCGUAUUGAUGACGAUAAACAAUAUGUACGAUAGACUAUCGGUGACUAAUGUUGAAAUGGUCUUUUACUGCUUGCAAUUGUGACAGAUUUAUAUUGACAGUGCUACGGAGUCCACACAGUACCGUACUCAGUACAUCAGCUUAUAGAUUUACAGUGUAGUAUAAGAUACAUGUACACUGUACAUACAUGUACUGGUAUACAUGUAAUACUUCACGUGCAUGUGCUAUUUGCAGUUGAUACAAAAUGAUUGUCUUUCAAAUAAGUUAACCGUUAACCACUGUUAAACGCUAUGCUGACAAUACUGACAUCAAUUAUCCAGAAUUGUUGGACGCAGUUGAUUUAAGUGUGCGAUAUCGUCAUAAAGUCGAUUCCUUUAUAACCGCACAGUAUGGUGAGAAGUCUGAAAGACUGCUGUUUACAAGCAAUUGCUCGGAAUCUUAACAGGAUCAGUCGCGUGGGGCGUCAACUUCCUCACGUUCACAAAGAGCUCAUUCUGAAGUGGCUUUCUGACCAUGACAUGCUGACAGAUGAUUACCUGCCACAUAUUACAUAUCACCUGUUCUCAGCAAACCUUAAAGUGAUCAACUUCUACAAGUGUAACCAGGUCACAGACCAUCUUCUGUAUCAGCUGUCACAGAGUGGGUGUAUGCUGAAGCACUUGACAGUACAUGAGUGCAACAAUGUCUCUGAUGAAGGAAUAAAAUAUAUAACUAUUGAUCAGGAAGAACUGGAAGUUUUAGAAUUGAGAAAAUUGCGAUUUCUGACCAGUUAUGGUUUAGAGGUAGUGAGAUCAAACAAGUUGCAGAAACUAGACUUAAAGGGAUGCUCAUAUAUUGACAGUAGAGGUAAAUGCAGGUUAUUCAAAAAGUUCACGUGUAUUCAAUAUUUUUCAUAGUCAUAUUUUACAUUGAUCUUCUUCUUGUAGAGAUAUACCUUAAUAGUUACUUUUUAAAAAUUAUUUAUUGUGUCCAUUUGAUUUCAUUUCAAGAAAUAUGAAGUCAAGACUUUCUUGUAAACAGUGUAGCUUUAUUUUCCAAAUAUUAAGCAAACAGUAGAAAAAACAGCAGUUACAACAUUAUUUUAAUCAAAUGUUUAUAUCUGUGCCUGUAUUCUAGGCCUUGAUUCCCUGGUGCAUAAAUGUCCAAAUAUUAAAUACUUAACCUUGUCCCAAUG